UUGGUUUAGACAUGUAAAUCAUUUUUUCAAUUAUUGAAAUAAGAAAAACACCAAAUUCUCAGCAUGCACGAACAAAUAAGCACAAAGACGCCCGUUGUUGUUAUCAGAGGGGAUUUAACACGCAGAUUAAAACCGCAGUGGCUGAGGCAAAAGGAACUAAAGCUUCAGGAGAGAAGUAGGCUGACAGCAACGUUACUGUAAGUUAGCUGAGCUCCGAGUGGGUAUUUUUUGCGGCAUAGUGAUAAUUUGCUGUGUUGCAACAGGGGAUGAAGUCGAAACAUGCAGCAGUACUGACAUGAGCAGCUCAGACAGAAUGCACUGUGUCGUCUUCAGAGGUUAUCUCUGCUCUGUCAUGUUGAGGGUUUCUCUCAGAGCUCCCGAGGAACAGCCACUGUCAUUUCUUAUCUCAACAGCUGGGUGGAGUAAAAGUCGCUGUCAACACGUUCUUCAAAGGGAAUUUCUCAGAAAGCUCAAGUGUAUAUACUCAGGAGCCGGUUAGACAUCUCAAUUAAAGGCUGAUCAGUCUAAAGGGGUUCGAGGCACAGAGGAAGUCCGACAGCUGAAUGGUUUUUGGCAGUGUCACGUGGAACGAAAGUGAUACUUGGGUUUUUUCCCUCCUAUUUUCGUUUUUUUCUUUUCUUUUUUAAAGGACAUCUUAAGUAGGUUAGUGUCGCGGUGGCUGUGCUUCAGUUCAGUUCAGUUCAUUUCUGGAGCAGAUAAUGGGGGACAGGUGCGCUCCGGAUACGACGGAGAAUGGUCCACACAUGGGAGUAAUAGGUCCAGCUGCCGCGGACCCCAUUGAACACAGCGGGAUCAUAAACAGGGAGAGCGACUUGGGGGUCACUACGCGUCUAUACAAGAGGCGAUGGAUGAUAGUGUUCCUCUUCAGCUCUUACUCUCUGAUCAACGCUUACCAAUGGAUCCAAUACGCGAUCAUCAGCAACAUAAUUAUGAAGUUCUACAAGGUGGAAGCCUUCGCGGUGGACUGGCUGUCUAUGGUCUACAUGCUCACAUACAUCCCCUUCAUUUUCCCAGUCACCUGGCUCCUGGAUAUUAGGGGACUGCGGGUCACAGCGCUGAUUGCGAAUGCGCUCAACUGCGCCGGGACAUGGAUAAAGGUGGCCAGUGCCAAACCGAGCCUAUUCUGGGUCACCAUGCUUGGACAGUUUAUGAGUUCCUUUGCCCAGGUUUUCAUCCUCGGGAUGCCCUCCCGCCUGGCGUCGGUGUGGUUCGGAGCGAAUGAGGUUUCCACCGCCUGCUCCAUUGGAGUUUUUGGCAACCAGUUGGGUAUUGCCAUUGGGUUCCUGGUUCCACCCAUCCUCGUGCCUAACGUGGAUGACAUGGACGAGCUGGCACAUCAUAUCAGUAUCAUGUUCUACAUUAGCGCAGGCAUGGCCACCGCCAUCUUGGUCCUUGUGGUCAUCGUGUUUCAGGAGAAACCUGAGAUCCCACCCAGCCAGGCCCAGGCACAGGCCAGGAACAUGCAGCCUGAUGAGUACUCCUACACAGCCUCCAUCUUGAGUCUGCUGCGCAACAAGCCCUUCAUGCUCCUGGUGGUCAGCUAUGGCUUGAAUGUUGGCUGCUUCUAUGCUAUUUCCACACUGUUGAACCGGAUGAUCAUUGAGCACUAUCCUGGUGAAGAGGUGAAUGCUGGGAGAAUCGGUCUGACCAUUGUCAUUGCUGGCAUGGCGGGCUCUCUCAUAUGUGGCAUAUGGCUGGACAAGACCAAAACCUACAAACAGACCACCUUGGCCGUGUAUAUCCUUUCUCUAACUGGGAUGCUGGCCUACACCUUCACCCUCAACUUGGGUCACCUGUGGGUGGUGUUCGUUACAGCUGGAGUUUUAGGUUUCUUUAUGACAGGAUACCUGCCUCUGGGUUUCGAGUACGCAGUAGAGCUCACCUACCCAGAAUCAGAGGGGACCUCGUCCGGACUGCUUAACUGUUCAGCUCAGAUCUUUGGAAUCAUUUUCACCAUAGCUCAGGGAAAGAUCAUGGAUUACUGGGGAACUUUAGCUGGAAACAUAUUCUUGUGCAUCUUUCUGCUAAUAGGAACAGUGGUGACAGGAUUUAUCAAAUCCGACCUCCGACGGCAGAAGGCCAACCAACAGGUUGAGGUGCAGACAGUGAGUCCUGCAGGCUCCCUGUCAUCGGUGCAGGACUACGGGGCCACGUCGUGCGGCAGCCCCUGGCAACAGCAGUCUUGACAUUAACCCACAAGCUCACAAACACCAAAACACACACCUGCCAAGGUAGGGUGAAAAAAGGGUUUUAACGAUUGUGUACACGAUCAUGUUUGCAUUUACUUGAAGGUGUUACCGGUUAAACUGCAGCGCAUUGUACUCGACUGCACAAUCAGCCCUUUAAAUCGCACAAACAGACUCGGUGUCAUUGUGGAAUUAAACGUUUAUCCGGUGAUUGCAACUCAUCUGAAGUUCAUUGUGAAAAGACACGUGAUGAGGUGUACUGAAUGUGAAGAGAUGUGUGUUGCUGAUAUAAUAUUGAUGUUGAACUCUGCUGCCACUUCACUCAUUUUACUGCAUCACGUCUGUCCUUUGCAGACAAUUACUGCUGAUCUGGAAAGAGGAAUCUCUCCACCUGAAAUCUUGAAAGAGGUGAGGUUGUGA